GGGAGGAGGACGGGAACGGGGGCGGGAAGUGCCCGGAAGGAGCGAGACAGGGAGGGACAGGGCUGAGGAGGAAGGCGAUGCGACGGACAGGCGUACCCACUCAGGCUGACUCUCGGGGGCGAGGUCGAGCCAGGGGCGGCUGCCCUGGGGGCGAGGCGACGCCGUCUCUUCCUCCACCUCGCGGCGGAACCCGAGGACAGGAGCCUCAGAUGAAAGAAACUAUCAUGAACCAGGAGAAACUCGCCAAACUGCAAGCACAAGUGCGCAUUGGUGGGAAAGGAACUGCUCGCCGAAAGAAGAAGGUGGUUCAUAGAACAGCUACAGCAGAUGACAAAAAACUUCAGUUCUCCUUAAAGAAGUUAGGGGUAAACAAUAUAUCUGGUAUUGAAGAAGUGAAUAUGUUCACAAACCAAGGAACAGUGAUCCACUUCAACAACCCUAAAGUUCAGGCAUCCCUGGCGGCGAACACCUUCACCAUCACAGGCCACGCGGAGACAAAGCAGCUGACAGAAAUGCUACCCAGUAUCUUAAACCAGCUGGGUGCAGACAGUCUGACUAGUUUAAGAAGGCUGGCGGAAGCUCUGCCCAAACAGUCUGUGGAUGGAAAGGCACCACUUGCUACAGGAGAGGAUGAUGAUGAUGAAGUUCCAGAUCUUGUGGAGAAUUUCGAUGAAGCUUCCAAGAAUGAGGCAAACUGAAUUGAGUCAACUUCUGAAGAGGAUAAAACUUGAAGAAGUUACUGGGAGCUGCUAUUUUAUAUUAUGACUGCUUUUUAAAAAUUUUGUUCAUGGAUCUGAUAAAAUCUAGAUCUCUAAUAUUUUUAAGCCCGAGCCCCUUGGACACUGCAGCUCUUUUCAGUUUUUGCUUAUACACAAUUCAUUCUUUGCAGCUAAUUAAGCUGAAGAAGCCUGGGAAUAAAGUUUGAAACAAUAUUAAUAAAGUCCUUUGCCUAGUAUAUCUUUUUAUUUUUUAUUUCAUUGACACUGAUUUGUAUACAGAAAGCAAAGCUAUUCAUAGAAAGCUAAUCAUGGCAUGUAAUAUGGCUCGUAAUCUUCGAUUAAAUUUGAUUAAAGAUUUUAAAAAAUUC